CGGGUGGAGGAAAUUUGGGAGGAGUGUCCGGGGGGCAGCAACUUAAAGGGGGUGGGAACUGCGGCUGGAAAGACGUUCGGUGAUGGGAGCGCAAUGUAUGAGGGGAUACCGUGCCUCAGGUUUAAAAGAGCAGGAAGCUGAGUGAGAGGUUGCAGAAAGUGUCUUCGCUAGGCGGAGGUUACAGGUGGUGUCUCCGGGAAGAGCUCCGAGACUGCAAGCUGUAGUCAGGAAGGGGAUCCGAGAACUGUGGAAGACACAGUUUGGGGGCUAGCGUCCUACGCGAGGGAGUAGUUCAGAACUUUGAGGACUAGAGGGGAAUGUGCCUUCUGACCCUCGGUGCUUCCCCCCUGAGGGGAGGCAUGGUGAGGGACUGUGGCAGGCUCCUCUGAACGCUUUGCUGCAGAGGUCCAGCUCCACGUAUGGAUCCAGGCAAUACGAAGUCAGCCACAGAGGCUGCCGCGAUCAUAGACCUCGAUCCCGACUUCGAACCCCAGAGCCGUCCCCGCUCCUGCACCUGGCCCCUUCCUAGACCAGAGCUCGCUAACGAGCCCCGUGAACCGUCCGAGGUGGAGCCAGGUCUGGGAGAAACGGUACACACGGAGGGGCACUCCGAACCGAUCCUGUUGCCCUCCCAGCUCCCAGAGCCGGCAGGGGGCCCCCAGCCGGGGAUCCUGGGGUCUGUAACAGGUCCUCGGAAGGGAGGCUCCCGCCGGAAUGCCUGGGGAAAUCAGUCAUAUGCAGAACUCAUCAGCCAAGCCAUUGAAAGCGCCCCAGAGAAGCGGCUGACACUCGCCCAGAUCUAUGAGUGGAUGGUCCGCACGGUGCCCUACUUCAAGGACAAGGGUGACAGCAACAGCUCAGCAGGAUGGAAGAACUCCAUCCGCCACAACCUGUCCUUGCACAGCAAGUUCAUCAAGGUUCACAAUGAGGCCACAGGCAAGAGCUCCUGGUGGAUGCUGAACCCUGAGGGAGGCAAGAGUGGCAAGGCGCCUCGCCGCCGGGCUGCUUCCAUGGAUAGCAGCAGCAAGCUACUCCGGGGCCGUAGCAAAGCCCCUAAGAAGAAACCAUCUGUGCUACCAGUUCCAUCUGAAGGUGCCACUCCGAGGAGCCCCAUGAGCCAUUUUGCCAAGUGGUCAGGCAGCCCUUGCUCUCGAAGUCGUGAAGAAGCUGACAUGUGGACCACCUUCCGUCCACGAAGCAGUUCCAAUGCUAGCACGGUCAGCACCCGGCUCUCUCCCAUGAGGCCAGAGUCUGAGGUGCUAGCAGCAGAAGAAGCGCCAGCUUCAGUCAGCAGCUAUGCAGGAGGCCUCCCUCCCACCCUAAAUGAAGAUUUUGAGCUGCUGGAUGGGCUCAAUCUCACAUCCCCCCAUUCCUUGCUGUCUCCGGGCAGUCUCUCUGGCUUCUCUUUGCAGCAUCCUGGGGUUGGUGGUCCCUUACACACCUACGGUGCCUCUCUUUUUGGCCCAGCAGAGGGGUCCCUGUCAGCAGAAGGGUGCUUCUCAGGCUCCCAGUCACUGGAGGCCCUGCUCACCUCUGAUACACCACCACCCCCUGCUGAUGUCCUCAUGACCCAGGUUGAUCCCAUUCUAUCCCAGGCUCCCACACUUCUGUUGCUGGGGGGUAUGCCUUCCUCCAGCAAGAUGGCCUCAGGAGUUGGCCUAUGUCCCAAGCCCCAAGAGGCUCCAGGCCCCGGCAGUCUAGUUCCCAGCCUUUCUAUGAUGGGGCCACCUCCAGUCAUGGCAGGUGCUCCCAUACCCAAGGCCUUGGGAACUCCUUUGCUCACACCUACUGAAGCUGCAAGCCAAGAUCGAAUGCCUCAAGAUCUCGAUCUCGAUAUGUAUAUGGAGAACCUGGAAUGCGACAUGGAUAACAUCAUCAGUGACCUCAUGGAUGGGGGUGAAGGACUGGACUUCAACUUUGAGCCAGAUCCUUAAGUCACGGGCCAGAAGCUUUGCUCCCUACUUCAUAAAUGAAGCCCGGCAUGUCCAUAUCCAGUUUUUUUUUCCCUUGAGCCCUCCCCAGGAAUUUGGGACCCUGCAUUAGAGCUAGGGUGGGGUCUGGUCACACACACACACACACACACACACACACACACACACACACACGCGUUAAGAAAAUUAUAAAGAUAAAGCUGCACCAUAUGGGAACUGUGGGGGGAGGGAUAAGGGAGAGGGAAAAGGAAGAGGGUUAAUUCUCACUGUGCCAAUUAGGGGGUAAUUAUGGCCCUUUCUCAGGAGCCAUUCUCUGUUUCCCCCAUUUGUACCCCCUAGGCUUUUGUAGCAGGAGCCAGCAAUGCUGUUGGAAAUGUGAAGUCACCAGUGGCCUUACCCCUGCCUUUAGGAGCAGGAUUCAUUUUUUUCUCUUUCUCUUUCUUUCUUUCUGUAGAGAGUCUUAAUCUGAGCUGGGCCAGGCUAGGUAGAGCCUGGAAUUUUUACACAAUGGCCCCUUAGGCCAGUGGGGGUGGGUGGGUUGGGGGGAAUAGGGGACCUUAGAAGGGCCAAGGUCUGAGCCCUCGAGUAGCUCACCUGGCCCAAUCACAAAAUUUUGGAAGGCUGCAGAUAAUGGAAAGGCUUUUUAUAAACUUUUAAAGAAAUAUAAACACAAAUAUCAAGAUUUUUUAAAGUGGCAAGUUGUUAGUGAUGGAAAGAAUUUUUUUUCUGAAGGCUUUGUCAUAAUGAAAUAAUGUGAUACAAACACUACAGACAAUAGUAAAGAAGAUGGGAUAUGAGGAAAGAAGUGGGAAGCAACAUUGAACUUAAGGGAAGAGCUCCUGUUUGGACUAGAUCUAGAAAAACUUCUGCAUAAAUGAGUUGGAGUUUUCCUAAGACAUUACCCCGCAUUCUGUCAACUUGUGCCUAGAAAAGUGUGGUACUGAGGUGCAGCCACACAUUUGUUUGACUCAAUGGGGGUUAGUGCAACUAGGGAAGCAUGCAUUGAAGGCCUGGAAUUAGCUCGGGGCCUGAAGGGAGAGGGGGUGAAGAGGAGGGAAGGAUUUAGGGUAGUAAAGUUAGGUACAGAGACCUCCCUGUUCAGGCCCCUGACAGCUGUCCCUGCCCUUCUUCCCCUUCCCUGACUACAGGGGUUAAGUGGAAGAGUGUGUGGUGGCAGGCGGGGGGUGGGGGGGUGGAGAGGAGAACUGGGAAGGGGGAGGUGGGGAGCUUUGGCUGAGGGUCUGGGAAAUUAGCAGGGUUGGGGGGUAAUGUGGAUCAGGUUUACUAGCACCUGCCAGGGAGGCCAUCUGGGGCUCCUCCACCCCAGUCCCAGAGGCAGCCCCUCCCCAGUGCCCUUUGCAUUGUCCCCUCCCCCACCCCUGCUGUGGGUUCCCAUCAUUUCCUGUGUCAGCGCCUGGCCUACCCAGAUUGUAUCGUGCUAGAUUGGAGUGGGGAAGUGUGUCAAAUCAAUAAAUGAAUAAAUUCAAUAAAUGUCUAUG